AUGGGCAAGAAGCGACGAAACAAGAAUACCAACAACACUACCAAGAUGCUGAUGGAUGCUGAUGAUAAAGCCGCCGCCGCUGCUGCUGCUGCUGACGAUGGUGGUGGUGGUGGUUGGAGCAUUCCAACAACAACAACAAACACAACAACUUCCUUGGAUGCGCUCAUCUCUUCUCACCAGGAAGGCGGCAACGAUGGUGGUGACAAGAACAUCGCACUGAUGAUGAAUAAAAAGAAGACUAAAGCAUCAAAAACAGUACUGAGAGGGAUAACGAAACGCAAGAAGAAGGCGCAACUCAAAGCUGAAGCCCAUCGCGACAAAAUGGGCACAAAAUAUAAAGCGAACACUUUGAAGCGCGAUAAACGCCACGACGCCAAGAACUUGUACUAA